AUGCCAGCCGUUCCUCCUCUGGACGCAGCCCCAGAGGAAGAAGAAGAAGAAGAAGAAGAGAGAGGUUCGGGUUCUGAGGCAGCGGGUGAGCCGGGGUUUUUCAAUCCUCAGGAACAUUUUGUUGUCACUCCCAACGGUUCUCCUACCUACAAUUAUUCUGUUUUGAAUUUGACUGUGCCUGUUUCCGGGAAUCCUGCCUUGGCCGUUCCCACUGUAGUGAUUACUGAGAUUGAGCAACAGCUGUUGAUUGCCAUUCCGAGCAAGUAUUGGCACCGAACGGUAGCCAGUCGCCUUUUGCCUCCUAAAGCCAUAAACAAAGCCAUUUCAGCAGCCGUCGUUGGGAGCUCAGAGCACCAGCGAGAAGAAGCAGAUCCCAGCGGUGAAUACAUUAGGAUAUGGAUUGGUUUUCUCAACCCCGAAUUGGAAGUGAAUUUGGCAACCGGCCAGGGUUUUGCAUUGGAGAGUGCUUUUCCUUCCGAGAAGGGUCAGCUUGGACUUUUGCCCUUCGCCGACGCACUCGUAGCAGUAGCAGACGACAAGUUUUCUUUCCUGUCUGCAGAGUCGGGUCACCCAGAGGACCCUGCUGUGUCCGAACGUCUAGCAAAGUUAGAAGAAGCCGUAGUCAGCAUAAAAGAUGCAGUGCUGCAGUUGAGCCAGAAGUCCCAGCCUCCACAGCCUCAGCCGGGAGCAAAGAGCAAAGCGACUCCAGCCCUGCGGCCUCCCGACAAGAACACCAAAGCCGCCGAAGAUGGCUUGCCCGGCCUGGAUCCCGCAGUUGUAAGAUCAGCCCUCCAGGCCGGGAUAGGACGAGACCAAUUGCAGAGCCUAAGCCAGUUCCUUGGUGGGAAGAAACCAGCCGUAGGAGACGUAGCAGCUUCCAGAGGUCGGACUCCAAAGGUCCGUUUCAACGAGCUAGGAGAAGUAGACGAAGAGGAUGCAGAGGGUCCCACAGCCGAGCCUGCCCUAGGAGCCCCAGCAGAUGCCAUGCAGGCAGCUCUUUUGAAGCUGACGACAAUAGCCGAGGGUUUGACCAAAAGCCGCAAAAAGUUGUCCUUGGAAGAUUGGUCAGACGAUUUGCCAGCGUUACAGGAUUCGUCAUCCUCCAGUUCAUUUGUUGGGGGAAGCUCCAGGAAGCAUGCUGCCGUGCUAGCCAGCCUCCGGAAAGCCUUGAAAGAAAACCCAUCCGAGCUUUAUCGUGUGAUGGAAUCCCGUAUGCUGGACGACUUUGGCUCAGCCGGGACUGGACCAGGAGAGCCCUCCAGGCCAGGCACGUUUCGAGGCUGGGCAGAGCAUCGCUCUCGAAUCCCGAACAUCAGUGGUACUGUUCGCCUCAUCUGGGCAGUUUGUGGUGCUUUGGACUCCUUGAGGGCGGGCCGAGUGCCCGAAGCCCAGGCUCGCUUGAUUCUCUUGUUAGGUCAGGUCGACCAGGUGGCGGUGGACAGAGGGCAGUGGGUGUUGGCGGCGGAGGGUUCUUUGGAGGAGACACCCCCUUUUUCGUCCUUUUCUCGUCACAGCCCACCAGACUUCUACGAAGGUCAGCAUACCAAACUCUGGCCGCCCGCCUGGGCAGAAGCCUUCAUGCACAAGGUCCGGGAGACGGACGACUUUGUAGAGCGGAGGUCAAAAUUGGGGAAGAGACAUGUUGAAAGAUGCGAGCCUGAAAGAGGAGCAGCCGUUGCCGAAAGCCAAUCCAAAGAAGAAAGGAAAAGGAGGAAAGAAGGGUCAGAACAAGAACGAAGAGGAGGUCCCCGAGGGGGGCAACAACUGAUGGUGGCCGAGACAGCUUUGCAAGUUUCCGCUGUUCCGAAACCUGACAUUCAUGCAAAGCAGCCUGAGACUCACCAAGCACGACAUGUCCCAGGUAGUAAUGCCAGUACUGUGAAAGUGGAUCAGUGGUGGAAUUCAGCUUUUCGUUUGAAUAUGCAGUUUGGAAGUACCUUUGGGUCCUUUUUACGUAGUUUUCAUCGCAAACCAGCCAGCUUUGUCAAUAUGCAAAGUACCGCCUCUAUGUGGCCAAUGCCCUUGCCCUUUCCUUGGGUGCUUGUGAAGAAUGGUAUGGGUCCUUCUGCCAGUGGUUCUAAGUUCACGCUUCAGAAGGGAGUUAACCUUGUGGUUGCUACCUUGAACUGGUUGCACUUGCGUAGGCCCAGCACUUGCCCCCUUGAAAUUUGCUUGCAUGCAAAGCCUAACAAAGUUCAGUGGCGCGUUGUAAUGCAGAUUGAAAGGACCUUAGAGGCGUGGAAUUUAUGUGAGCCUGUUACAGCUGCAUCCAUGGGCCGCUCGGCCGCCAAAGUUGAAGACAUCGAAGGAGCGAUUUCAAAGCUGGGUCUUUUUGAGCAGCAUGCUUGUUCCGCCUUUGAAACUUCAGCUUUUGAAAGUUCUGGUGGCCAACGUCCCGUGGUUCGUCGUGCUCCCUUUUUUAGCCCUGGUUUGCAGCGUGCGUUUGCAGGAAAAGUUUGUGGUUUUUUGCCCGGCAAAGAGAUGGUUCCAGCCAAGUCAAUAGAAGCCAGCAGACUUGAGUUCCGAGGCGAGCCAGUGUUUGAUCCCACUCCCUUUUUGGACCCCCUAGGACAGAAGAUUUUUAAUCACCCCUUGCAGAUGGCCAUGGAUCCUAGGGAGUUGUCUGAAAGCGUCCCACCUGUCCGUGUUUUUGCGUCAGAGACGGAGAAAUGGGCGCUACUUCGCAAGUUGGACAAAACAGGUCGGCUAGGUGUAGUGAGAUCUUCAGAGGUCCUGCAUGGAUUUCAGGCAGGCCUCUUCUCUGUGCUUAAGGAUGGACUUCGUGACAGGUUGAUCUUUGACUCUCGGCCUUUCAACUGCUUGGAAUCUGUUCCUCGUCGGUUGCUUAGUCUCUUCAGUGUGAGCUAUGAAGCCCUUCAAAGAGCGGAAGAUCGAAGGGCUGUCAUCCGGCUGUCUGACGAGUUGAAAAUGGAAUUGCUGCUCUUGGUCAAUCUGGCUCCGGAUUCUCCUUUGGUCUAUGCCAGCGAUGCUUCAAACUGGGGUUGGGCUGUUUGCUCUGCUGAGCUUCCUUCCGUCUUGGUCAGUGAAGUGCACCGUCACAAGCUUAGCAAACCAGUUUGGUCGAAGCUUUUGUCCCCCCUGCGUAGCUUGCAGCGCCUGAAGGGUGAGUUGUUGCCGGCAGAUGAGCUUCCAGAGGGGGUCAUGCUUCCCACUCACCCCCUGUUUAUGGAAUUAGCUUGUGCGCUCCCUUUUCAUGAAGACCGAAAGAAGCCAGUCCGGGAGCGCACUCACAUAAACAUUUCUGAGUUGCGAAGCAUGGUAGAAGCUGAAAAGAUAGCAGCCCUGCGGCAUUUUCCGAGCCGAAUCAUGAGCCUGUCCGACUCUCAGGUGUCCUUGGGGUGUUGGAUUAAGGGAAGAUCCUCUUCUGCUGGUUUGAACCAGGAGCUGCAACGGAGCCUUCCUGUCCAUUUGGGGUGCGGCAUGGUUAGUAACGGUGCCUAUAUUCCCAGUGAAUUAAACCCGGCUGACGACCCCACGCGUCAGCAGGCAGUCCGACCUCCCAGUAAAGCCUUGCCCUCUUGGAUUUUGGAUUUACUUGAGGGUUCUUGCGAGGGUUUGAGCCCCAAUUGGACUUCUUUUGAUGCGUGGUUGGACUCAUAUGGAUUUAGUGCUCAGUCGCUGUCCGGUCUGCCUUCUUUUGAGGAGUUAAAAGCCCCCUGGGUUGAAAAGCCUUGGAGCCGGGCGAGCCGCCACAAAUGUUUCUUGCAACGCGCCCGAUCAAAAAGCCUGGUUAAUUCGGAGCCUUGUCCUGCCUUUUCUGUCGCUUCAGGACUCCAAAAGAAUUCGAGUUCUGAGACUGUCGUUCCUCCCAGAAUGCCCUCCGCCAAAGAGCUUGGAAGAAAACCUUUGAGCUCUGCAGCUGUGGACUUUUUGAAGCUUGUCCCCUUUAGUCAGUUUUUGUUUCCCGAGUCUUGGCAUGUGACUGAUAGCAGUUGGCGUCCCGAUUUCCCUGGGUAUUUGGACUUGUACUCCGGGGCCAAAGGUGUAGCAAAAGCCGUGUGUCGUGAUGGGCCCAUGUGGUGCAUAACCUUUGACACCGCCGAUGACCCUAGCCAGGAUCUAAGUUUAGCCAAAAAUAGGAAGUUGGUAGAGGACUUGAUAGCAAGUGGUUGCGUUGAAGCUCUUGGGGCCGCCAUUUUCUGUAGCAGUUUUUCCCAAGCCGUCCGUCCGGCGGUGAGGAGCCGCACUUUCCCUGCUGGACUUCCUGAGUUGAGUGCGCGCAUGGCGGAGAAAGUGUCCGAAGGCAACUCUCACUCCAAGUGGUUGGCCAGCCUUGUGUCUCUUUGUCUGUUGCUUGGAAUUCUGUUUUGGGUUGAAAACCCUGAUGGUUCCUUCCUGUGGCUUCAAGAAGAAUGGCGAGUGCUUGGUGCCAACGUUUAUGGUUCUUGCUUUCGGUUGGACUACUGUGUCUGCGGCACUGCAUGGCGGAAACGAACCCGUUUCUUCACCAACCUUCACCUGCGUGGUCAGUCUGCGUUUUGUUCUCGGUUGCACAAACAUGUCAGGCUUGUAGGAUGGAGCCGGGCGCAUCGCAUGUCGUGGACGCGUGCAGCUCAGGAGUAUCCCCGUCGACUGUGCCAAUGGAUUUCUGCUGCAAUCCUUAUUGACACUGGCCUUCUUCCGGGUCGAGCGAAGCUUGAUGUAAAUGGCAUGGCCAAACAAAGUCCAGGUAGGAUAGGAGAAGCCAAGAACCCCGGGCCUCGAUGA